AUGAGGCGAGCGGGUGAUAUGGCGAUGGCCAUGGCCACGGCGCUCAAAGGUGCUGGCUCAGUCACCAAGGACGAGUUGGCCAAGGCCAAGGCCAUGCUGAAAGGGAAGAUGCUCCGUCAGGCGGACAACGAUUCGGAGCUCAUGCAGGACAUGGGACAGCAGCUCUUGCUCACGGGGAAGCUAAUUGGGAUAUCGUGGAGUCUUUCGAGUCGACCCAAGCUGGAAGUCAGUGCGACGACAAGGCCAGCGAUGGUCCUGACGCAGUUUGGGUAG